AUGUCGACUCGCGGACGUGGUCGCGGGCGAGGCAGAGGUAGAAUAGGCAAUGCUAACUCUGAACCGACAGAGAAUGGCCCUGUAGACUUCAUGGCUGCCUUGGAAAACAUGGCUGCGGCUAUGCAGGCGACAGCCAAAGCUUUGGGAAACCAAAUGAACAAUGAGAAUAAUGGCAAUAACGGCGAUGAGGGCCCUAUGACGCUUUCCUCUUUUCUGAAGGUUCACCCUCCGACCUUCAGAGGAACUUCAAACCCCACUGAAGUGGAUAAUUGGAUUCAGGGAACACGGCGAAUCCUAAAGCCAGAUGGUGUUGUGAUUUCUUGGAAAGUGUUCCGAACCGAGUUCUACAAUAAGUAUUUUCCAACUUCAGUCAAGAAUGCCAAGAAACUUGAAUUGCUUCAACUGAAACAAAGCCAGAUGACUGUUACUGAAUAUACUAACAGGUUCGAAGAAUUGUGUCGUUUUUCCCGAAUCUGUCAAGGUGCACCUGAAGACUUUGCUAAGGGAGGCCUUCGGAGCGAUAUUCUAAGCUUUGUUGCACCUAUGGAGAUCAGGGUAUUUUCUGAACUUGUGAACAAGAGCCGAAUAGCUAAAGAAUGUGUGAGGAACGCCGCCAUGGCAAAGAACGAUAACCAGGAAUUCCACCGAAGAGACCACCACCAGAAUUUGGUACCAAGGGGUCAAGGAUUCAAGCGAAGAGGAUAUACUCAACCAUUUCCUCAUGGUCGGAACCUGGUUGGAAUGAAUGAUGAUCACCACAAGGACGGUACAGGAAAACAAACAAGGGAUACUUCGGAGGAGCUGACAUGA